AUGGGCGGUGCCAACCACUUGGACCAUCAGAGACCAGUUCGUGGUGUCACUAACCAAGAAGAGAUGGGCGGUGCCAACCACUUGGACCAUCAGAGACCAGUUCGCAGUGUCACUAACCAUGAUGGGCGGUGCCAACCACUUGGACCAUCAGAGACCAGCUCGGCCCACCUCCCCAAGCUCAGCCCACCUCCCCCCCAGGCUCGGCCCACCUCCCCCCAGGCUCGGCCCACCUCUCCCCAGGCUCAGCCCACCUCCCCCAGGCUGAGCCCACCUCCCCCAGGCUCAGCCCACCUCUCCCAAGCUCAGCCCACCUCUCCCCAAGCUCAGCCCAUCUCUCCCCAAGCUCAGCCCACCUCUCCCCAGGCUCAGCCCACCUCUCCCCAGGCUCAGCCCACCUCUCCAAGCUCAGCCCACCUCUCCCCAACCUCAGCCCACCUCUCCCCAACCUCAGCCCACCUCCCCCCAACCUCAGCCCACCUCCCCCCAACCUCAGCCCACCUCCCCCCAACCUCAGCCCACCUCCCCCAACCUCAGCCCACCUCCCCCAACCUCAGCCCACCUCCCCCCAACCUCAGCCCACCUCUCCCCAACCUCAGCCCACCUCCCCCCAACCUCAGCCCACCUCCCCCAACCUCAGCCCAAGGCAUAUCUCAAUCCUUAAAAACUUGCUUUACUGAAAUCUAG